GCACAACCUAACAUUACAUCAUUGGGAACAAUUUCAUCAACACUCACUAUUAGUGGAUCUACUCCUAUAACUUGUAAUAACUCCCUGUCCAGUAGCACAUGCUCAUUAUCUGUUGAUUCUGUAUCUGGAGAUCAGACAUUUGGCAGUACAACAGCGAAUAAGUUUCAUUUGAGAACAAAUGGGAAUAGAAAAAUAACGAUAGGAUCCACUGGAUUAGUAGGCAUUAAUAAUACAUCUCCAGCUAAACAAUUAGAUAUUAUCGGAUCGACAGCAUUAACAAACUCAUUGUAUCAAAUCACUGAUGGAACAGUAAUUUAUCAGCAGUGGUUCGAUGGGACUCAAUGUUGUCUCCAAACGUUUUCAAAUCAUCCAUUGACUUUUGCAUCAAAUAAUGGAUCUGUGCAAAUGUCAAUAUUAACGAAUGGAAAUGUAGCUGUUAAUAACACAUUGACAGCUACGAAUAUAUCCGCUUCAACUUUAUAUGGAACCCUUCAAACAGCUGCUCAGCCCAAUAUUACAUCGAUUGGAACUUUAGCGACUCUUACGGCUACAUCAAUUACUGGAACACUUCAAACAGCUGCUCAGCCAAAUAUUACCUCAAUCUAUAAAUGGUACUUCAACAUGUGCUCUUCUUUCAAACAAGUAAUACAGGAAGAAUGA